CUCAGAAGCAGUGCUGCUCCAUACUUUCUUCUUAGUUCAGCGGUAGUGUACACAGUACUCCGGCGAAAACCUGGCCGGAAAGAUGGACGAGUCCUGGAGGAUGAGAAUGGGAAUGGAAAUGCCUUCGACGACGACGACAACAAAGACUAGCCUCCCUCGCCGGAGAUCGACGGAGGACAAUUCCCACCGCCGGAGAACGGUGCUCGGAGACUCCGAAUCUUCAGUUUUAGACCCCGAGGACUUCAGCGACGUCUUCGGAGGGCCUCCGAGGAGUGUGAUGCGUCGCCAGUUUUCCGGCAACGAGUACCGGAAGACUCUGUUCUACGAGGAGAUUUUCACCCCGCCGGAGAAUGUAAUUCCGGCGAGGUGCGGCCGGAACUUGCCGGAGUUCAGGAUCCCGAUGGAGAAGUGUGGCCGGAUGUAUGAUCAGGGGUUUUACAGCGACAUAUUCGGGUGGGAAGAGGAGGAUGAAGUGAGAAGAUCGAGGACGAGGUCGGGGUCCAAAUCCAAAGCCAGCUCAUCUUCCGUUUUGAGUUCGGAGGACGUCAGCCCUCUCCGGCCGGCGAUCGGAGAAGCCGAUCCCGACGUUUCGUUCUUCGCCUCAAAGCUCAGGCCUAUAAAUGUGGCAUCUAGAUGGAACACAAGAAAAUUUCAUGAAGAAUAUCCAAGGUAUCAGGGGAUGCCAGCAUUUUCGUGUCAUCCCCCUUCUUACAAUAAUACUGAAAAUGAUCACAGUGAAAGCCUGAGAAACACUCACUUUGGGUUCAGCCGGAGGAAUUCAUCCCCCGAAACCAUUAGUGUUGACCCCAAUUCGUACAGAAGCCUCAAAAUCUCCACGGAUCAUGAUUUGGAUCUCAAUUCGCCCCCGUCCUCUGUUGCAUCCUCUCUUGGUCAAGACCAAGAGGCAAGUCGAGGCUGCGGAAUUCAAGAUGACUUGCUGAACGAUGAUGAUCAAGUAGUGACGGAACAGGAGGAAGAUGAAGUCAUGAGCUCCUAUGUUAUCGAGAUCAAUACGAGCAGUGGUAGAGAAAUAAUGGUGGAUGAAGCAAUUGGUGUAGAUGAAGCAAUUGCUUGGGCCAAAGAGAAGUUUCAGAGACACUGUUCUGAGACUGAGAAUAAUCCCCAAAUGGCUCCUCAGCAGGAGAAAGAGCAUUCAGACAUGCCGAGCAUGCAUCAGUCUUCAGAUGAACAGAUUGACGGGACUGAGUUUACACAAGCAACCAUACCGGAUGAGGAAGCAGAUAAAUGUGCAGAGGGAGAAGGAAGACAGAAUUUUGACACUGAUAUGGAAAUGGAGUUACUUGAUGAAAAAAUAAGGAUAUGGUUAACUGGUAAGGAAGGUGACAUCCGGUUGCUCCUGUCAACGCUGCACCACAUUCUAUGGUUUAACAGCGGAUGGCUCCCAGUCCCUCUAACUUACCUAAUCGAAAGCUCAAGAGUGAAAAAAGCUUAUCAGAAAGCUAGGCUUUGUCUGCACCCAGACAAACUGCAACAAAGAGGCGCAACCACCCCUCAAAAACACAUUGCAGAGAAGGUGUUUUCUAUCCUCCAGGAUGCCUGGGCUGUGUUCCUUUCACAAGAUAUCCGCAUUGGUUGACCACGGUUCAAACCAAACCACGCGGUGUUGGUUAAAGGCAAGUGAGGUGAGAUGCAUAUGUGAAUGAUGACAAGGAGAUGGGAAUGGAACAAAAUGGCAGCAAAUUUCCAAACACUAGUGACCAUGAACCGUACAAUGUAUGUGGAAUCAGAAAUUGGGUGCUGGGUGGGGAGGUGUGGUUUCUUAAGCCUGUCUGCCAGUUGAAGAGAGAGCUGUUCUGUGCAAUGCACUAUGCACCAUCUCAUCAUCAUCAUCAUGUUACUCUCUUUUGGAUGGAUGCUUGUGUUUGUAUCUUACUUGUAUUAUAGACUACUGCUUUUAAUAGAUCACGUUUAUAGAUUUUUGGGUGCUAUUCUAUUACUUCUUCUGUGGUUGUAUUGUAUGCCUCUCCUCCCCCAAGUAAAGAUCAUCUAAUUUUGACUCUCAUGUUUUGAACCAUAUUUUUUUCCAAGGCUUUUGAGUUGUAAUUCUUUGACA